AUGGGGUGUGGAGCAGAGCUCAGGCUGCGAGGCUCAGGCGGAGCUCAGUGCGACUUGGUGAGGUUGGCACGUGGAGGAGAAAGCCCAGCACUGAUGGGACAGACACUCCGCAAGUGGUUGCCGUCAACGCGCACGGUGUGCGUGGAGACACAGGAGGCCGCCGGCUCGAGGGAGCCUGCAUGCGUGCUCUGUGGCCGAGUGGAUGAGGACUCGAGCAUCCUUGGGCACAAAAAAGAGCUCGGUGGAUUCUAUUUCCAUGAGUUUUGUGCGAUGUUUGCCAAUGAUCUCUGUGAAUAUGUGGAAGCUAGCAGAAUGGCACAAUUUUCCAGAAAAGACCUGAUACGCACAGUGAGGCAGGCAGAGCAGACGCUCUGCUUCGUCUGUGGCAAGACGGGGGCCACCAUCAUCUGCGCAGCGUGGGGCUGCGACCGCAGCUUCCAUCUCCCCUGCGCCUCGGAGGGCCAAUGUGUCACCCAGUACAUUGGAAAGUUCCGGUCCUUGUGCUGGGAGCACCGCCCGCAGCAGGCAGUGGAGGCAGCGCCGGCGCAGGACACGACCUGCAUCAUCUGCAUGGAGCCCGUGGGGGACAGCAGGUCGUACAGCACCAUGGUGUGCCCAUCCUGCCAACACGCCUGGUUCCACAGGGCCUGCAUCCAGGAACAGGCCCUGCGUGCCGGCAUCUAUUGCUUCCAGUGCCCCCUCUGCAGAGACAGGGACUGGUUUCUUCGAGACAUGGUCAAAAUGGGGAUCCGAAUCCCAUUCAGAAGACCAACAUGGGAGGACAACAAUGCCUAUGCAUCCCUGCGAAUUCGGCACCAUCGCUGUGAUGCCAGCAGCUGCCUUUACCCACAAGGCAGGGAGCAGGCAGAGAGAGAGGGGCCCUGGCAGCUGCUCCUCUGCAGCUCCUGUGCUGCACAAGGCACCCAUCGGCGCUGCUCCUUCUUGAGUCAGGGCACAGCCAGCUGGGAGUGCAACGCCUGUGCUGGAGAGGGCACCGCCUCUGGCAGCGGUGUGGACAGAGCUGGCCCCAGCACCGCCAGCCAGCAGGGACUGCUGCCUCUCAUAGGCCCCAUAACAUUGGAGAGCAGCAGCACCUCCAGCACCACCAGCACCACCAGCACCUCCAGCACCUCCAGCACCUCCAGCACCUCCAGCACCACCAGCCAGGCACCAUCGGGGCCAGCUCACGUUCCCAAGGUGCCUGAGAGCGGCGUCCCGCCUAACCAGCACAGGAUAAAAUGGCGCAGAGUCUGCACACGUUUACAUCGCAUUGACGAUGAAUGGAACGAGCCCCAAGAAUGCUGCGGGAGCAGCCGUGCUGCAGCCCUGCUGAGCGUUGAGAGCAGCACCCUGAACUCUGCCAGCCAGCAGGCUUCGCGGUCCACGAGGCACUCCCGUGCAGCUGGCUCCAGCCACCGGCGCAGACAGGGACAGCAGGAUCACACAAGAAGCCGCUCUCCGCUGCAGCGCCACGCCACAGGUUCCCCGAGCCAGCCCCAAAGGCACCGUCGGAGCAGGCAGGCACCAGCCCUUAGUGAUGAGAGCGGCACCCACAGACACACAGGACAAGGAACACCGAGGUCCUCGAGAGCUUCCGCAGCGGCUGCUGGAAGCCGGUCCAGGCAGCCAGGGCGGGCCCGGACUCGAAGCCGCUCACCUCGUCAACAUCGGGAUGCGGAGACCCGCAGCCAGCCCCGAAGACGCCGCAGGAGCCGGUCCGGGCGGCGACGGCCAGCCCAGGGGCGAAGGCCGCUCCCGGAUACCACGUAGGGCCCGGAAUACCAACCGCCGGCCCCACUGAUGCUGUAGGAGCAGCCGUGUGCAAGCUCCACUUGCUAUCCAAAGUCAUCAGAGUCCAUCGCAAUAAAACACAGUUCCAUCAU